CGGAACUUUUAAGUCUGUCUGCUGUCAACACUGCAACCUGCUCAAAACUCAGCCAGCCAUCUUUUGUCGAAAAAUCAUUUGUUUCGUGUCGUCAGGGUAAAUUUCACAAUUGUAAUUAAUGUCAGAGCCACAGUCUUCGCUUUUACUAAAAAAGCAAUUAGCAGAACUGAACAAAAAUCCAGUAGAAGGCUUUUCUGCUGGAUUGAUAGACGACAAUGACAUUUACAGAUGGGAAGUUCUCAUUAUUGGACCUCCAGACACACUGUAUGAGGGUGGAUUCUUCAAAGCACAUUUACAUUUUCCAAAGGAAUAUCCACUGAGGCCGCCGCGGAUGAAAUUUGUAACUGAAAUAUGGCAUCCAAAUAUUGAGAAGAAUGGUGAUGUAUGCAUAUCAAUAUUGCACGAGCCGGGCGAUGACAAAUGGGGCUAUGAAAAGGCAUCAGAACGGUGGCUGCCCGUACACACAGUGGAGACAAUUUUAAUUAGCGUGAUAUCUAUGCUGGCCGAUCCAAACGAUGAGAGUCCAGCUAAUGUUGAUGCAGCGAAAGAAUGGCGAGAGCGAUAUUCGGAUUUCAAAAAGAAAGUCGCCAGAUGUGUUAGGAAAAGUCAAGAAGAUUGCUUUUAGGAGUGUGAGGGGUACAAAAAUCACAGAAAAGGGCCAUGUGACACCAUAGUAACACAACACACAUUGAGACAGCCUCCAGCACCCGUCUCCGCCCGUGGCUGCCAUCGCCGGUAGCGACACUUGUACAUGUGUGCUUAUUCUGUUUCUUUUUACAGAAAGAAUGGAGAGAAUCGUAUUCGGAGUUUAAAAGGAAAGUAGCACAGUGUGUGAGAAAGAGCCAAGAGGAUUGUUCCUAAGUAACAGUGCCCUUUUUCAUUGAUUUAGUUGAAUAGUGAGUGUUUGGUGAUUCAGUUAGAACGUUGUUGAGAGCAGGCCCCGGCGUGAUCCUAGUGCGGCACCUCCACCCGGCCAGAGACAAUAUUGAAAUUGAUUUAAAAUAAAUACUUAUUGUAAUUAAAUGAUAUCGCUGCCGUAUUUUAUAAAUAAUAAAUUAAAAUAGAAUUCAAGGUCUUUUUCAUCUUUUUUAAGACGUGUUAGCUAGCUAUUGUUAUAAUAUGAAAUGUGUACGGUAAUUUUUAUAGAAAAACAAAUCUGCAUUUGUUCUUUUUUCUUAAAUACUUAUUUAAAAGUUUGAUCUCUGUAUAGUAGAAACCAAAUCUGAGCUAAUUUAACAACAAUUAAUUACUAGCAUGUCAGUUGUUAUAUUGUUAACAUGCAGUUCAAAGACAGGAUAUAAAUAUUAAAAAAAAUUGUAAAAGGUUUAAAUUGUGUGUUAAUUUUUAGUUACCGAAUUACACAACUCGAACAUUGUUUGCUUCUCUUCAAACCAUGAUUUUAAUAUUAGUGCUAUUUUUAUUAGUUAAUACUUUUAUAAUUAUAGUUUUUACUAAAAAGAAAACAAAUUUUGUGACCUUAUCUAGAGUCAAUGUUGGCUUUUUUCUUUGUAGAUAAAAAUGUGUGAGUUGGGAGUAAUCUUGUUCACUUUGCUUUCCACAAGAGAUUGGAAUUUGAAUGUCCAAGGAACCAUGAUAUUCACUUUAUUGUAAUAUUUUGUAAAAUAUCAAUAUUAUAGAAGAAAUGGAAUUUAGAAUUUGUCAAUUGUGUGCAUUGUAGUACCUAUUUUGUUUCCAUUGGUUAACAAUAAUGAACAAAUUUACUAUUCUUUCACUAAUUGCAUAAAAUUUUCAAGGUUUUAUUUAAGUUCUUCUAUUUGAAAUCUUAUUCUGUGUACUAUCUCAUUAUCUAGAAUGUGUUACCAUUUUGCCUGUGCAUGUAGGAUGAUCUAAAUGAACCCCAUUUAAACCUAUCAUCGAAUACUGAUUUGUGACGUGUAACAUAUUUUUACCUAUGUAUGUAUAUUUUUUGCUAUAAAAUUAUAAUGCGGUGAUAA